AUGAUGACCAAAGGCUUAGCUCUCUUGCUAGCCUUUCUGCACCUGCAGACCACCUCCAUCGCUGGGCAGCUGCGCUCUGAGCCGUUCUCCAAUUUCAAUGGCUCUGUGGAUGACCACGGAAUCUGCACAUGCUCCAUGGUCCUACCAGACACAGCCUUUCCUGUUCAGAAGAUGGAAAGCUUGGAAAUCACAGCUCAUGUUCUCACGGAGAAAUUUGAGAAAGAACUGACUAAAGUGAAGGAAUAUACCAAAACAAUGCAGUUUUUUGAACAGCAGCUCCUAAACCUAAGCAUCAAAGUUCAAGUCAUGGAAGAGACCAGCAUUUCUUACAAUAAACUGGACUUUGAAUUGCUUAAAUUAGAAGUGAGUGAGAUGCAAAAACUGGUCACAGAAUUGAAAUCCAAUUUUGUUGGAAGCAGUGUCAUUAUUGACCAACUGGAGCUGGAGAUCAGGAAUAUGACUCUCCUGGUACAGGAGUUGGAGUCACUAGACAAAAACAAUAUCCUUGCAAUCCGCCGGGAAAUUGUGGCCCUGAAGAAUAGACUGAAGGAGUGUGAAGAAUCUAGAGGUCAAAACAACACACAUCCCUUUAUCCCACCUGGAAGCUGUGGUCAUGGCGGUGUGGCGAAUAUCAGCAAACCUUUCGUUGUUCGCCAAAAUUGGAGAGGGAUCACUUAUAAGUAUGGAGCCUGGGGAAGAGAUUAUACUCCACAGGAAUCGGCGAAAACACUCUAUUGGGAAGCCCCGCUGAACACAGACUUGAGGUACCUGGAGUAUUAUCGACUUUAUAACACUUUGGAUGACUUGCUGCUCUACAGAUUAGCCAAAGAAAAUCGGGUUCGACUUGGAGAUGGCAGCGGUAUGGUCGUUUACAAGAACUUCAUGUACUUCAACUACUACAGUACCAAUGAGAUGGCUAAACUUGACUUAAACAGCAAUACUAUUACUUUGAGACGGGCUCUUCCUAAUGCUGCCUUUAACAACCGCUUUUCCUAUGCUGGUGUCAAUUGGCAAGACAUGGACUUUGCGGUGGAUGAAAGUGGACUGUGGGUUAUCUAUUCAACAGAAGCCAGCACCGGUAACAUCGUGAUUAGCAAAAUCAACGACACUUCACUUGAGGUGCUACAAACUUGGCACACGUUGCAGUAUAAGCCAUCUGUCUCCAAUACCUUCAUCGUCUGCGGGGUUCUAUAUGCCAUUCGACCGAUGAACACCAGAAAGGAAGAGAUUUUUUACUACUAUGACACAAACACUGGGAGAGAGGGCAGAAUAAGCAUCGUUAUGGAGAAAAUGCUAGAGACAAUACAGAGCGUCAACUACCAUCCCGUCGAUCAAAAACUCUAUGUCUAUAAUGAUGCUUAUCUUGUGACCUAUGAUCUUACCUAUCAUAAAGAAUCACAGCGACCUUGAUGGGUAGGAUGGAGAGACAAGGGGAGCUUUUCUUUUAAAAGUUAGAUACCCCCAGAUUGCUGUGACCAGUUCUCUUUUGAGGUCUCCAAAAUAGUCCAAGUUGAAUUUGCUUAAUAAUAUUUGGCUCACUUUUUGCAUCUUUAGAGACUGUUGGCAUUUGAAACAGUAAUGAAUCUUAUGCUACCUAAUUCAGUUAAACAUUUAUUGAGUACCUACUGGGUGUCAAAAUGCUGCACUGGACGCUGGUGAUAAAAAAGUAAAAACAACAACAACAACAACACUAGUCCUUGUGCAAGGAGCUUAUGUUCCAUGGAGAAUAUUUUAAUACAUACAUAGAUAAGUAAAAUUUUCAUAGAUAAGCAAUAUUUUCAAGAGAUAGAGAACAUCAACAAUUGGGGAAUUUGUAAAGGUCUCAUAUAGGAAGGGUGUUCCACCUGCACUGUGCUUUGUAGCAUCCUGAUUCAAGAUAUGAAAAGAUGGAUCUAUAAAUCCUUGGUCCAACUUAGUGAUGGCUUUAAUUAAUUCAAGAGAUUGAGUUUCUGAAAGAUGAAGUACUCAGAAUACUCCAUGCACAGCAACAGUGCGUGAUAUCAGUGCUUCCUUUUUCCGAAGCAGUAGUUUAUUCCAGUCAAGUGCUAGUGACCUUUUUGCUUUUUGACACUGAGUAGGAAAAAAAGGACUCAGAGUCACUAUGCCUUUACUCAAUGUGCAUACCUUAUUUCUUCCCUACUAGGAUGCUUCAAUCAUAAAGUUAGGGUCUUUUGCAGAGAUUCUAGCACAUUCUGAACUUAUCUAUGUAUGUAUCCAAUAAUAAAAGCAAUACUAAUAUAAACUGGAGAGUCAUAGUGUAACCCAAAGCGUCUGCUUUCACUCUUCCAUGCAAUAUUGGAAUGCACCUAUCCUUCUGAGAGCCCCCUGGUGUUAGAGGUGACACAGAGAUUGUGAGAUCAGUCAUACAGUGUGAGAGAUAGGCUCAAUUCUCUUGCUCUAUCAUUCAUUUGCAGGAUAACCUAGGAAGUCGUUUAACUCCUAUAGUAGCAGUAACAAUUCUAGCAUUAAAAGGUCUAGAUACUAGUUUGGUGGACUCCCUUCAAGAGUAUUUGGCAGAUAUUCUGUUUUUCAUGUGCUGGGCUAUGGAAACCUCACUAGAGGCAGGCACUAGAUCCCCUGAUCCUCUAGUAUGAUCCUGAUAACUUCUAAAAUUUUCACAGAUAUUUUUGGGAGUCAGCAACUGUCAGCUCCUUGAGGGACUAUAUCUACCAUUUUGUCAUUCAAUGUCCUGCACUGUAUCAAUAAACUGUUUUGAUCUUGGGGAAAGGCACUUCUGUAGAUCACACAGAAUGUUGGAAAGUCAUCCUCGCUGUUUGCAGAUGAGAAGUGGCAGGAUGUAAUGGAUAGAGAUCUGACGUUGGAACCAAGAAGACCUAGGUUCAUAUUCUGCCUCUAUGUGUGAUCCAGGCCAAGUCACUUGACCUCUCAUCCUUCUAGAACACUUUCUAAGAGUUUAAAUUACAGAUGAGAUACUCACCUGCAUUGGUAAAGGGAGUUUCAUCUCCUAGAGUUCCUUAUACUAUUGUAAUCAUAGAUUCAGCCCCUGUCCCUGUCUUGUCUACGGGCAAACCACUUAACUAUUAUAUGAACUGUUUCUCCAUGGAUAAAAAGGGACUGACAUGAACCACCUAUCUCAGAACUUUGCAUAUAAGGCAGCUUUAAACAUAAGAACCAAGGAGUCACCAACCCAUGAUGUUUUGCCGUCUGUGGCACAGGUCAUAAAACAAAUAAAAUUAAUUUUUUUACUAUUUAGCUCCUCAUAAACUUUUACUUGUUCCAGGUAUAUAGGCACAUGGGUGAUGGUGUGACCAUCAUAAAGUGGUAUAGGGGUAAUAAUAAUAUUAAUCUACUUUGUUUCUGUGAUUUUUGAUUAUGUGAUAAUGUAGUUAAACUACAUUUGAGAAUCCAAAUGUGAAUCAUUUUAGUUUAAUUUUGUUAAAUGCUUUAAAAUAUUUUUCUCUUCCCCCUUUGGAAAUGUAGACAUUGAAAAAUUCACUAUUUUUUGUGGUCUAUGUUUUUAUAAUGUGAAGAAGCUAUGGGGGGAAAGAUGCAGAAUAUACCUCUUCAAUCAAUGGAAUGAUUAAAAGUUAUACAUUUUUUGUCAUUGUCUCUGUCCAUUUAUCUUUGAUGACAGCA